AUCAGCAUCUCAUCCUCACCUGAGAACAGACACGGGGGCAUCACGACUCGCAUCACGCCCGGUAUAAUAACCGCAGAAAUAUAAUCACGCCACAGAGGAUGAGACGGGUCGAUGGAUCCGACCAGGCGAUGGAGGUCUUCUAGGAGGUCGGUUCGGGGUCUGCUCUUUCAUGACGUUCCCCGGAGCAGCCCGGACCUGAAGCUCUGAUCCAGACCUGGAAGAUCUUCAGUGACAUGAGGCUGAUCAUGGCCAGAAACACUUCUCUCUACUUUCGGAUCGUCGAGGGACGGAACCUGCCCGCGAAAGACGUUUCUGGGACCAGUGAUCCAUACUGCAUCGUCAAAGUUGAUAAUGAAGUCGUGGCCAGAACCGCCACCGUCUGGAAGAACCUGAACCCGUUCUGGGGCGAGGAAUACACCCUUCACCUGCCCAUGGGCUUCCAUACGCUCACCUUUUACGUCAUGGAUGAAGACACCAUCGGUCACGAUGACGUGAUUGGCAAAAUCUCCCUGAGCAAAGAUGUGAUUGCCGCUCAACACAAAGGUUUAGAUAACUGGCUGAACCUGACGCGUGUGGAUCCCGAUGAAGAGGUUCAGGGGGAGAUUCAUCUGUCUCUGGAGCUGCACAGAGAAGCUCAGAGAAGCCGCCUGCGCUGCCACGUCAUCGAGGCCCGGGAUCUGGCUCCGCGUGACAUUACCGGGACCUCUGAUCCAUUCACCAGAAUCAUCUACAACAACCUCAGCGCUGAGACAUCGAUCAUAAAGAAGACGCGCUUCCCGCACUGGGAUGAGACGCUGGAGUUGAGUCUGGAUGAAGGUGAUGAUGAAGAUGAUGACGAUGGUGAUGAUGAUGAUGAUGAUGGGAGGGUGACGGUGGAGGUGUGGGACUGGGACAUGGUGGGCAAGAACGACUUCCUGGGAAAGGUGGAGAUCCCUCUGUCGUGUCUGCACCGAUCUCCUCCGAUGCAGGGCUGGUUUCGCUUGCUGCCGCUGGGAAACACGGAGAACGACGCCGGAGGUAAACUGGGUGCUCUGCGUCUGAAGGUGCGUUUGGUCGAGGAGAGGAUUCUUCCGUCGGUGUAUUACCAGCCUCUGAUCGAGCUGCUGGUGGAGGCCGUCCUCUCGCCGUCAGAGGCGGACGAGCCCACGCCGCUGACUCUGCUGGAGGAGGUGACCACGGUGGAGAGCAGGCAAGACGUGGCCAUGACGCUGGUCAAGAUCUAUCUGGGGCAAGGUCUGGUGGUGCCUUUCCUGGACUACCUCAACACCAGAGAGGUUCACAGCACCACAGAUCCAAACACACUCUUCCGGUCCAACUCGCUGGCCUCCAAAGCCAUGGAGCAGUUCAUGAAGGCCGUCGGGAUGCUGUAUCUGCACCAGGUUCUGAAGCCCAUCAUCAACCGCAUUGAGGAAAGGAAAUACGUCGAGCUGGAUCCAUGCAAGAUAGACCUCAACCGAUGCAGGCGCAUCUCGUUCAAAGGCUCUGCGUCGGAGGCCGAGGUCCGGGAGAGCAGCGUGGGGCUCCUGCAGACGUAUCUCAGCAGCAUCAUGGAGGCCAUCGUCAGCUCGGUGUCUCAGUGUCCUUCUGUGAUGAGAGUCGUCUUCAAACAGCUCCACAAACGCGUGGAGGAACAGUUUCCGGAACCGGAGAACGAGGAUGUGAAGUACUUGGCCAUCAGCGGCUUUUUCUUCCUGCGUCUGUUUGCUCCUGCGAUCCUGACGCCCAAACUCUUCCAGCUGAGAGAUCAUCACGCAGACACCAGGACCAGCAGAACCCUGCUGCUGCUCGCUAAGGCUCUGCAGAGCGUGGGCAAUCUGGGCCUUCAGCUGGGGCAUGGGAAGGAGCAGUGGAUGACCCCUCUGCAUCCCAUCAUCCUUUGCAGCGUGGCGUCCGUCAAAGAUUUCCUGGACAAACUCAUUGACGUCGAUCACGACAACGUGUGUGAAGCUCCUCAGCGAGCCGUGUUUCUGCCCUCGGUCAUCGUAAAGGAAGGUUUCCUGCAGAAACACAAAGCUGAAGGACCUCGGAAACGCUUCGCUUUUAAGAAACGAUAUUUCUGCUGAGUUCAAGUCGCUGUCGAUAAGAGUCCCGACUGGCAGGGUCGCUCCAGUAUACCCAUAGCGUGUGUGUGCGCAGUGGAGCGCGUGGAUGAAAACGCCUUUCAGCUCCAGAAUGUCAUGCAGGUCAUUACACAGGACACGGACGGACAACCACACACCACAUACCUGCAGUGCAAGAAUGUAAAUGAGCUCAAUCAGUGGCUAUCGGCCAUCAGGAAGGUCAGUAUUUAUAAUGAACACAUGCUGCCGUCUUUUCACCCCGGAGCUCAUCGAGGAAACAAAUGGACCUGCUGCCUUCAGCCCGACCGCACAGCGCCGGGCUGCAGUCGGACUCAUUCGGCCGUGACUCUGGGCGACUGGAGCGACCCGUUAGAUCCUGAUGCUGAAACACAGAUCAUUUAUAAAGAACUGCUGCAAGGACGAGAUAAACUCAGGAAGCAGUACCUGGAGACACAGGAAGUGGAGGCGGAGGAACAGGAAGUAGCGCCGUCAUCAGUGUGUGUUCAGGGCCGAUCCGAGCGCUCCCGGGCCCUCGCCGCUCGUCUCCUGGACGUCGUGCUGGAUCUGGAACGAGCUCAUUCGUCCUUCCAGAGCCGAGAAGCAGACCAGAGCCGGCCGCUCAUCCUGAGCUCGUAGACACGCUCCCGCUGCCCGAUCACAUUAUGCAAUGUUUUCCAAUCGAACUCGACUUAUUGAUGAAUGUCCGUGGAAAUAUUUUUACGUAUUCGUAACCUUGAAGUGUUUUUAUUAUCUUGACGCUCUGGGGUGAUUUUUUUACGGAGGGCCAAAUUACUCCAAAUUAAAUAAUUAAAUAAAUGUUA